GCAAAAGGCAAACACCGACCCCUGCCGCAACGGGUCGACGCCCUGCUCCGCCGACUAGCAACAACAGCAACAACAACAACAACGACGACAGUCACAGGGCAUAUACAGCGUCAGGCUGGCAGCAACCGUCGGGGCGUUCGUCUCGUAUCCCCGCAGCAGAGCCGUCCGAGUCAAAGGUCAGGUCGUUCAAAGUCACACCCCCUCCCACCAAUCCCGCUGUGACCGGAAGAGCAAAUGCGCAAAUCACCAGCAAAGCGCAGCUGCACCACCACGACCACCACCAUCACCACCAAGUUAAUCCCGCCACCGCACUCCCCUGCCUCCUCCUCUCAGGGCUAUCCUACCGCAGCCGGCCGGCUUUCCCUCAAACCGCAACUCCAGAACGUUCGCCGGCGGACCAGUAACCCUUCCAGCAGAGGAAGUGCAACGGAGGAACUCUCACCUGCACCCCCAGUGCGGGCAAAGUACGCAAAGCAGCUGUCUAUAGCGAGGAGGGUCCUGGGGAAACUAGGUUUUCCCGCACAAUUCUUGUUGGGUGUGCUGUGUUUUUUGUUGGGGGUGCCGACGGCUUUCGAUAUCGAUAUGAAACAGUCCGUUGGGAACGCUGAGUAUGUGGUGAAGGACCCAUUCCACCCCUUUCCCCAACCCCAAAUCGCCUACGUCGACCCAACCACCCUCAUCCCCCACGAACUCGUCAGCGAACCUCACCUUGCCCGUCUCCUCACCCACCUCGAAACCGUCGACGCUGCCACCCCCGUCCCGAUCCCUGUCAUCACCCGCUCGCAGCCGCACGUCAUCCUCGACGGACACCACCGCGUCGCCGCAUCCAAACGCCUAGGGCUGAAACUGAUCCCGGCAUGGGUGGUCGAUGAUGAAGACGAGGAACGCGAUUGGGAGCGAACGUUUGUGAGGUGCUAUGAUGCGGGUGUUGGGAGUGCGGGGGAGGUCGAGACGGUCGUAGAGGUGCGGGUCGAGUCCUCCUCCUCGUCGGGAUCGGAAUCGACCAGUCCAUCACCGCCACCAUCACCACCACCAUCAGCAGGCGCAACAAUCAACACUCCACCCCCACCCACCCGCCGCAAACUCCUCCGCCGCCGCCCAAUCUCCACUGUCGUCACCGCCGCCCGCGCAGGCCACGCCGCGUUCGGACUCAAAGGCACGAAACACGUCGCGGUGGUCUCCUCACCCGCCACAUCACCGGACGGGAAGGAAGUUGAAGUACCCCUGGAACGCGUUACGCCUAGGGUCGCGUGGGGUGAAUGGCUAGCUCGCCCUGAAAAUGCUCUUCCCCGCUCCGGGAAGGUGAACACAACGGAGUUACAUCACCACCACCACCAUCACCAGACAGGCCUACUCACAGCCUGUCCCGCCUCAUUACCGAUCCCCCCAAAAGUGGGGCCGAUGCCCUCCCACGCCCCACCACCACCAUCGCAACAUCCACGACACAAACAUAUGGAGGUUGGGGAGGCGGAUAGAGAUGUGGAGGUGCCGGGGUUGAAGGUGGGGGUGGCGCAUCAUCCGCAGCGGUGACGGGUGGUUAUACCCGCUUCCGAGCGCACGACGCCCGGCUGGACGUAUGCUAGCAUACGUUGUUUUUCUGCCAAUUCUUGGCAUCAUUGUGAGGGACGUUUUUAUAUCACCAUCUUGUUUCGGGGCCCCGGUUUGUAUGUUGGCCCGAUACAACACACUAUAUUAUGUUCAUUAGUUUCAAACUCGUUUUCCCCAUCUAGAGCCUUGACCCUUGGUACAUUUUCGGUUCACUAAUAUAAUUUUGGGACUGACUAUA